AACGCCGGCCAUUUUUCACCGUUUAUAACAAGACACUUUGUGCUUCUAGUAACUCUGUUGCGACCACUUUGACUAUACCUCAAAGUAGCGCAUUGUUUUACCUUGCUAUUAAACCGACCACAACCACUCGCCAUGUCUGCGCCACUCGCUGUAAAGUUAAUUCGCUGACAUCCGCACAGGGACAGAUGCUUGUCUAAACUGUCGCACAAAUGGAAAUGGUGCCUAGCGAGGACAACCAGUUUGUUCCAAAAGAGGGGAUGUUUUGGAGUUGCAGGCAGGUGAUUUUUGAUGAAAUGAAGAGGCGCUGCCAGCAGAUACAGAAUGCAGCAGACGAGUUGAGAGUACUGUGUAUAAUUCAGGACACCACCAGUGCAAAGACCGUAAAUGAAAAGCUCACUCUUAAUCUUCCGGCCUCCACCACUUUGUCCAAACUUCAUGAAGAUGUGGCCCAUAAAGCGGGAUAUGUCCCUGGCACCUUUGAACUUGUGUGGGGAAAUAUACCAGACACGCCGUCACUGGAGCACACCAGUGAUAUGUCUCUCAUAAACUCUGGGUUUGAACCUGGAGGAAAGAGGAAUUAUCUUCACCUUACUGACAAAGAUGGAGAGCAGCCACACAUUGCAUCAGAGGAAACUGGAGCAACCGAAAGCAGUGGAUUGGAGGACAGUUCUCAGGAGCGCUUUAUUGGGCCUUUACCUAGAGAUGGCACUGUGGGGUGCAGUGGUGACUAUAGCAGCCCAUCGUAUUCCUACUCUUCUAUCCUCAACAAAUCUGAAACAGGUUAUGUGGGAUUAGUCAACCAGGCUAUGACCUGCUAUUUGAACAGCCUUCUCCAGACACUGUUUAUGACUCCAGAGUUCAGAAAUGCUCUGUACAACUGGGAGUUUGAAGAAUCAGAAGAAGAUCCAGUCACCAGCAUUCCAUAUCAGUUGCAGAGGUUAUUUGUUCUGCUUCAAACCAGUAAGAAACGUGCAAUUGAGACCACUGAUGUGACCCGAAGCUUUGGCUGGGACAGCAGCGAAGCUUGGCAGCAACACGAUGUGCAAGAGUUAUGCAGGGUUAUGUUUGACGCUCUUGAGCAAAAGUGGAAGCAGACAGAGCAGGCUGACCUGAUCAACCAGCUGUACCAAGGGAAACUAAAGGAUUAUGUUCGUUGUUUGGAGUGUGGUUAUGAGAGCUGGAGGAAUGAUACUUACCUGGACAUCCCACUUGUGAUCAGACCCUUUGGAGCCAGCCAGGCCUAUGGCAGUGUGGAGGAAGCUUUACAGGCAUUUAUCCAGCCUGAAACUCUGGAUGGACCCAAUCAAUACUUUUGUGAGCGUUGCAAGAAAAAAUGUGAUGCCCGGAAGGGUCUGAGAUUUCUGCACUUUCCAUACCUGCUGACACUCCAGCUGAAACGCUUUGACUUUGACUACACCACUAUGCAUCGCAUUAAACUCAAUGACCGCAUGACUUUUCCAGAGGAACUUGAUAUGAGUCCAUUCAUUGAUGUAGAGGAUGAGAAGUCCCCACAGACAGAGAGCUGUACUGACAGUGGAGCAGAGAAUGAAGGCAGUUGCCACAGUGACCAGAUGAGCAAUGAUUUUUCCACUGAUGACUGUGUGGAUGAAGGCAUCUGCCUGGACAAUAGCAGCAGCACAGAAAGGGUGUUGAAACCAAAGAGCCUGCUGACCUAUGAGCUGUUUUCUGUCAUGGUUCAUUCGGGUAGUGCUGCAGGGGGGCACUACUAUGCUUGCAUCAAGUCCUUCAGUGAUGGCCAAUGGUACAGCUUUAAUGAUCAGCAUGUCAGUAAGAUCACUCAAGAUGACAUUAGAAAAACGUACGGGGGUUCCUCAGGAAGCAGAGGCUACUACUCAAGUGCUUUUGCCAGUUCAACAAAUGCAUACAUGCUGAUUUACAGAUUAAAAGAUCCCACAAGGAAUGCAAAGUAUUUAGCUGUGGAAGACUUCCCAGAGCACAUAACACGCCUAGUACAAAAAGAGAAGGAGUCAGAGGAGCAAGAGAAGAGACAAAGAGAGAUUGAGCGCAACACUUGUAAGAUCAAGCUUUUCUGCAUGCAUCCAGUGAAGAUGAUGAUGGAGAGCAAGCUUGAAGUGCACAAAGACAAAACUCUCAGUGAAGCAACAGAAAUGGCCUACAAGCUGAUGGAGCUCCAAGGGGUGGUUCCUUUGGACUGCUGUCGACUAGUGAAGUAUGAUGAAUUUCACGAGUACCUGGAGCGCUCUUAUGAAGGAGAAGAGGAGACGCCCAUGGGACUGCUGCUUGGAGGGGUCAAGUCCUCUUACAUGUUUGACUUGCUUCUAGAAACCCGAAGACCAGAGCAAGUCUUUCAGCCCUACAAACCUGGAGAAGUGAUGGUGAAAGUUCAUGUUGUGGAUCUGAAAAAUGAGACCAUAGCUUCUCCAGUCAGUGUUCGAGCAUAUCUGAACCAGACCAUCACUGAAUUUAAGCAGCUCAUUGCACAGGCUACAGGGCUGUGUGCGGAAACCAUGCGCGUGGUCCUGGAGCGCUGCUACAAUGACCUGCGAUUACUCUAUGUACCCAACAAGACACUGAAAGCUGAGGGCUUCUUCAGAAGUAACAAGGUUUUUGUGGAGAGCUCUGAGACAGCAGAUCAUCAGGUUGCAUUUACUGACUCACUCCUGUGGAAACUUUUGGACCGUCAUGGAAAUACGAUCCGGCUCUUAGUUUUACUGCCCCAACAGUCUCCUGGCACUUUGGCUAAUAGGACUCUUUGCCAAAAGACCGGAAGUGACUCUGAUAUGCCCUUUGACGACUCAAAGGGUAACAGUAAGUCUGUGGAGGCUAUCCUGGAGGAGAGCACAGAAAAGUUAAAGAACUUGUCUCUGCAGCAACAACAGGGAUCCAGCAACAGUGAUAGCCAAAAGAGUUCUGACACCAGUGACUUUGAACAUAUUGAAUCUCCCAUCCAAGAGGCCGACUCAAACUCAUCCCUGUGUGUUACCGCGGACAACCGAGAGCUGGAGAACCGGAUCAGGGUCACGGCAGGCAGCACCGUGUGUGACCCGGAGACCCCGUUUGCCUCUGAGGAGCGCUCGGAUUCAGAAGUCAUUAAUGACCGCAGCACCAGCUCUGUUGACAGCGACAUCUUGAGCUCCAGCCACAGCAGUGACACUCUGUGUAACGCUGACAGUGGAACCAUCCAACUGGCCAAUGGCUUAGACUCCCACAGCAUCACAAGUAGCCGGCGCUCUAAAGCUCAUGAGGGCAAAAAGGAAACCUGGGACACAGCCGAAGAAGACUCUGGAACAGACAGCGAGUAUGAUGACAAUGGAAAGAGCAAAGCAGAGGCCCAGUACCUUUACUUCAAAGCAGAGCCUUGCUCGCAAGAUGACUCCACAUGGGACUCACAGAAAUGUUUGGUUGUUCAUGUGGACAAAAGGAUAACGUUAGCAGCCUUUAAACUCAACCUGGAGCCUUACGUGGGAGUCCCCUCCACACAAUUCAAAGUUUUCCGAGUCUAUGCCAACAACCAGGAGUUUGAGAGUGUGCGACUGAAUGAAACACUUUCCUCAUUCUCUGAUGACAACAAGAUCACUAUACGACUUGGAAGAGCACUGAAAAAAGGCGAAUACAGAGUGAAAGUGUAUCAACUACUUGUGAAUGAACCAGAGCCUUGCAAGUUCCUGUUGGACACGGUGUUUGCCAAGGGCAUGACUGUCAGACAGUCCAAACAAGAGCUUCUUCCUCAGUUGAAAGAGCAGUGCAAGCUCGACCUCAGUAUUGACAGAGUUCGUCUCAGGAAAAAGACAUGGAAGAACCCAGGCACUGUGUUUCUGGACUACCAUGUAUAUGAGGAGGACAUUAGCAUCUCUUCCAACUGGGAGGUUUUCCUGGAAGUCCUCAGUGAACCAGAGAAAAUGAAGUCUAUGUCGCAGUUGGCUGUUCUGACUCGGAGAUGGAGCCCUGCCACAAUGAGACUUGGUUCUUUCCAGGAAGUGAUUCUGGAAAGUAGUAGUGUAGAGGAACUGAAAGAAAAGCUAAGCCAACUCAGUCAAAUCCCUCUUGAAAAUAUGGAAUUUGCAAAGGGAAGAGGGACAUUUCCUUGUGACAUCUCUGUGCUGGAAAUCCACCAGGAUUUGGACUGGAAUCCCAAAGUGUCUACUCUGAACGUGUGGCCUCUCUACAUCUGUGAUGACGGAGCUGUGGUUUUCUACAGGGACAGCACAGAGGAACUCCUGGAGCUGUCUGAAGAUGAGCGCAGUGAGUUGAUGAAGAAGGAAAGCAGCCGUUUGCUGAAGACAGGGCAACGCGUCAGUUACUCUCCACGCAAAGAGAAGGCCCUCAAGAUCUACUUGGAUGGAGGCCCUGCCAAAGACACAGGGCAGGACUGAAGCACAAACACUACUCCUGGACUCUUGGGCUGCUACAGUGGAGCAGGACUUGGUGAGAGCAUUGGACCCACAAUAGUGUCGCACACAUCAAAUGCCGUUGUGAAGCUGGUCUCUCUUUCUCCCCUUUUUCUGACUAGAGGAUUGACUCUGUUGUACACUAUAGUGUAUUUUACUGUAAAGUGUAAAGGGAAGAAUCAUUACAGAAAGCAUCAAUGCUGUACAGAGAAAUAAUUGAAAUGCAGGUUUUUGAGGUGGAUGCUGGUGUUGGGACUGUGAUAUUGAGCCACAGGGUAUCCAUCUUUAAGGGUGUCAUAUUACUCAUUUCACCUUCUUUACUUUUCCUUUUUAUUUAUGGGAGACAUUGAUUUAGUAUUGUCUGAUUUUUCAUGCAGUUUUUUUUGUUUGUACUUAAAUUAUUCUGAAGACAAAUGACCAGAUCAGUAUAACUGAACUAUAUGCACAGUAAAAUUUCUUCUAAAAAUAAUUUAUUUGAAUCAAAAGCAACAAUACCAUUUGACAUUUUCUGAAUCUGAACUGCUCCAGGUGCCAGUGAAAUCAUUCUGCAUAUAUCUGUAUCUUUUUAAUUUAGAAGCUGAAUAUCUUUGUUUCUAUUCCAUGUGAUCUGGUUUUCUCUCCACACUUUUGUGUAUUUCUGCUGCACAACACAACACACAACAUGUCAUCUGCCUGUGUACCUGCUCUGAGGACUCAAGCUCAGCGUCGCAGUCCUUUGGGUUUCUGAUGCUGCCACCAGCUAUUCACUGUAGAAAAGCCAAUAUAUAAAUAUGUUUGUUGUUUAUUUCUUUGAAAUUAAAACCAUGUGUGAAAUAGUUUAUGAUGAUUUUAGAAAUUAAUUAAAAAUGAUUUUUUUCAUACAA